GUAUGCACUUCACUUAUCUGCGGGCAAGAACGCGCAUUCCUUCUGGUAACUUGGUCCAAGCCCCCGGCCUCAGUCCCCGGAGGAGCUGCUAGUGCUAAACGUCUACGUAGUAACAUACAUACAAAAAGCUUCUGCUACAUUCGUGCUUUCUGCAACCAAGUGUCCUCCAUUCGGUCGCAGCCCUUGACUGCAUUACGCUUUCCCCAUGUUUAGGCACAAAUCAUUCCAGACAUUGGUACACUGCACUUUGACAGAGGGACCUCCACACUGCACCCACACAUUCCUGGGCCGUCAACAUCUCGCUUGUCGCCUGGACUCUAGUGUCGCCAAGACUUCGUUGGCCACCGAAGAAAUGCCGUUGGCACUGUCUCCUGCGUCCGCUGCCCCCUGCUUGGAUUGCGGGGGCAUAAUGGCUGCCAUAGCUGCGCCACCGGGCCAGCGGUUAGGCCGUACAGGUGGCAGCUGCGCAGGGUGCAGGCUGCGCGCCCCGCCCUCGUACGGUGCCGGCGCCCUGCGCGGGCAAUACAUAGCGGGCCCCAGAGAUCCUAGAUGGUAAUCCGACCUACAUGUGAUGCAGUGCACUGCAACAAAGUGUCAGUAGCACCCCGCGUUCGCCUGCAGCUGGCCAACGAGAAGUGCAUCGGAGCACCGCGGCCCGCGUGAAAGCCUGAGCGCGCAUAUUACAUCAAGUUUCUUACACAGAGUCUGAUAAGUGUCGCGGCUGACUAAUCGAGCAGACCGCUCUGGGCACUAACAAACAGCCUGGUCGGGUGGGGACGGACGCCAUGCGAAGGUCAACACGCCGCCGGCUCGGCGCUGAGACUCUAGCAAGCUUGGUCCUGCUGGCGGCGUGCCAGCUGAGUGCCUUUGCUGUGGCACAGGACACGCUGCCAGUCGGCAUGUAUGUGGAUGGAUCAUACCAGUGCCAGAACAAGUGGGACAUCGCCGGCACCAACUUGGUCUACUACAGUGGCAUGGGCUUUAACGACGAGGUGUGCCGCUUCCUGUGCUCCGAGCUGCCUGCCUGCACGAUGUACGUGUGGUACAGCAACGGCGUGUGCCAAAUCCGCCGAGACGCCUUCCGCCCCUACCACGGCACCACCGGGCCCAAUGAGCAGAUUGUGAGGUCGUGCGUCAAGACCGAUAUUCAGACCCUGCCACCGCCGCCUCCCCCUCCACCCUCGCCUCCGCCACCCGUCUGGCUUGGAGACCUGAACGGCCAGCCACCAAAAGAGGACGUGUACCUGAUUCGUGCCGCCGGUCCCACGCCACGCGCAUGCCCUGACGCCAACCUCAUAACCGCCAACGCCUACUGCUACUGGACCGGGCAGUUUUCGUUGAAACCGUUCGAGGGCGCCCACCAGGCCUGGAUCGUACGCCGUACGAACAGCAGCAGCGGCAGCUACUACGUAACCAACUACUACCGGCAAAGCGUUGCGAGCCCGGCGUGCGAGCGCAAUGUGUGGAACUUCCAGCCGCAGUGCGGCAACACUGACAUCGACUUGGCUGCGGCCUGGGGUGGCGCCCAGCAGGAGGUCUUCUUUGAACCCGUGGCGGGGCGGCGCGGCGGCGUGCGCAUCCGGGCGGCGGGCCGCAACUGCACCGAGCGCUACCUGGCCGCCGUGCUAGCGUGCCCGGGGUACAACAGUCUGUACUGGGCGCCCCUCAACCUGCGCGACAGCGCCUUUAUCUUCGAGAUGCUGCCCAUCUCCGCAUCCUACCCCGUGCCAGAUCUGCCAGUCACGCCCAACCCCUCCCGCACGCCCACCCCCAGCCCCAGCCCCAGCCCCGCACCCGCUCCCAUUCCUUCUCCCGCUCCCGCGUCCGGCCCCGGUUCGAGCCCUGGAGCCAGCCCCACUCCUGCCUCCUCCCCCGCCCCUGGCGGCUCUUCCCCCGGCUCCUCCCCCGCGUCUUCCCCAGCCCCUGCGCCCACAUCCGCACCUUCACCCGCCGAGUGUGGCCGCGGCAUGCUGACGGAGGCGGGCGGCUUCGUGCGGUCCGGCCCUCCCUCGCCCAGCCAGCCCCAAAACGUGGUGCUGGGGCUGCUGGCGGUGGGGACCUACCCCUGGUUCUGGGGCAAGUCCAAUGUGCUGGGCGUGGCGCCGGACCUGCUGUACACCGACUGCUUCACGCAGCACGGCCUCGUGGGCCCGCCGCAGUACUACCGCGUGCCCGCCAAGGUCGUGCCCGGCGACUCCAACGUCUACGUCGCAAAGACCGACCGCGACGUGUUUGUAGCCGUGCGCGGCACCGACAACGAUGCCGACUGGGUCGCGGACUUUGUGGCGGUGUGGGCUGAGGCCAACACGCUGUUCGGCGUGACUGGGAGCUCGGUGAAGCUGCACGCGGGCUUCAAGGACCUGUACGUGUCCAUGGCCGACUGGCUCAUCCCCACCGUCAACAACACCUACAACUCCCUGCCCCCGGGGGCCAAGAUCUGGAUCACGGGCCACAGCAUGGGCGGUGCCGUGGCGCAGAUCGCCUCGCUCCACAUCGCCACACGCCUGGGUGCGGAUAAGAUCGGCGGCGUGGUGGGCUUUGCCUCGCCCCGUGCCGGCGACAGCGGCUAUCGCGAGCUGUACAAUUCGGUGCUGGGCACCAGGCACCUCAAGUUCCGGGCCGGGUCGGACCCCGUCAGCAACGUGCCGCCGGGGUCGCUGGGGUACACGGACGUUGGCACCACCGUUAUGCUGUGUCCCGAUGGCGUGGUGAAGAUGGCGGGUCCCAGCCAGCCCCAAAGCGCACACGACGACCUGAGCUGCGAGGGACUGCCGCUCAGCCAAAACUUCCACUGGCCGCUACAGUACCUGCACGGCCUCCAGCGGGUGUACGGCACCGCCUGCACACGUGCCGCCAUGGAGCUGCCGCAGUGCGACGUCCGGGAGAACUGCCGCCUCAGCACCGACAGCUACAAGGACUACUGCACCGCCUGCACGCAGCCCGCGGACUGCGACUACUACGGACUGCAGGGCUACUACUGCGACAACAUGGUCCCCGUGGCCAGCUCCUUCACCUGCAAGCCCAAGGCGCCAGUGGGCACGGUCUGCCUGUACGACCGCGUGUGCGGCAGCGGGCACUGCGUGGCGGGCUUCUGCCGGGCCUGCGGCGAGGACAAGCACUGCGCCGCGGGCGAGUUCUGCGAGCUGUCAGUCCUGCAGCCCACAAGCUUGUGGACCUGCAAGUCCGACCUGGCCGUGAGCUCCCCGUGCGAGCGUGACAGCCAGUGCGGCAGCGGCGUGUGCGACCGCCUGGCCUGCCGUGAGUGCCGCUCCGACGCCCAGUGCAACGCCCCCGGCGAGAGCGGCCGCUUCUGUGACACCAACCCGCUGCUCAUCGACAACACCUACGGCAAGUGCCGCUGGCCCAAGCCCACCGGGUCCAUGUGCACAGCAGACCGCGAGUGCGGCAGCGGGCACUGCGUGACGGGCUUCUGCAGGGCCUGCAACGCGGACGCGCACUGCGGAGAUGGCGCCUGGUGUGAGCUGGCGGUGGUGCUGCAGCCCACCACUGCCUGGACCUGCAAGGCACCGCAGUCCAACGGCUCUCCCUGCGAGCGCGACACGCAAUGCGGCUCUGGUCAUUGCGUGGGCCUGUUCUGCCAGGAAUGCGGCUCCGGCGACCACUGCGCGCCCGGCCAGUACUGCGACGUGACCUCGCUGUUCAAGUGCCGCGACCUCAAACCCGACGGCUCCAUCUGCCUGGCGGACGCGCAGUGCGCCAGCGGCCACUGCCACCUGGGCGGCUGCCGGACGUGCGUCUCCGACAGCCACUGCGCACCCGACCAGUUCUGUGAGCUGUUCGAUAUCACCAAGCUCUACACGUGUCGGGGCGACAUGGGGAGGGGCAGCGCAUGCGACCGCAACUCGCAGUGCACCUCGGGGAAGUGCGACGGCAUCCCGCUGUUCAAGAAGUGCACGUGAUGAUGAUGUGAGCUGCUGCUGGUGCGGGCAGGAGCCAGGCGUGUCGUGUCGGCAGCGCAUGCGCCGUGUGGAGCUGCCUGGUCAUGCGCUCUCCUCAAUGCCCCACCAUGCACAAGCUGGAUGUCACGCGCUCCGAGAGGGCAGCUUAUGGAACGGGAAUGUUGAUUGAUAUUCAUGCCGACUGCAGCGUCCAAUGGCGCAAGGGUCUUCAAGUGUGCGCGAAGAGACAGGGCGAGCUGGCGUGCGGGCCCGUGCGCUGGUGUGCUGGGUGGGUGGGUGCGUGUCGAUACCGGUUGGUUGGUCUGUUGGUUGCAUCUGCAUGCGUGCGCUCGUAGCAGAACUGCAAUAAGGGAGGCCUCCCUAGGACUACACACUAGCAAGCAUUUUUCUGAACGUUGGGCCCGGUGGUGGUGGCGGCACGGGCGGCCCUGGGCCCAGCGGCAGUGGCGGCGCGCAUGUUCGGAGCAGAGGGGGCAGGCAAGGCCACGUGGAGGAGGACAGCGCGGCACCGCCUUCAAAGCGGCGCCGGCGCGCAGGUUGAGACCUGCCGGUGUUGUCUGGUUAGCGACCUGUGCUGACGAGGAUGGCGUAGCGGGCAGUCAGCUGCAGCGGCAAGGGUGUUGAGGGGUUUUCCUUGCUGUCUGGUUGGCCUGCUGCCUGCUGCACUAGUGCUUGAUAGCUGGGCGCGACUGGGCACAUAUGGCGGGCGGUGCCUGUACAAACCGACCCCGGCUAUGUCCGGGAGAUGAGGCUAGUAUCGGAACCUUCGGCCUCAGACGGAGGACGUGGCGUGGCGGCACAGCCCACUUUUCCCUUGCGAGGGAGAGCCACCUUUUCUUGUCUGAACUGCACCCAUAUAUUUGUAGCCAUGAGUGCUGCGGUGGCAGUUGUUGUGUCCGUACAUAUUCGUAUAUGUGUCACAUGUACUCACACAUUAAUCACGCGAUGGCUGUGGGUCUUGGGGUGCGCGGGGCCUUUUCACCGAGUGCACCCGUGCUUGCAAGUAACCCGGCGCUGCCAUGUUUGGUAUUGCAUUAAUGGGGGCCAGGGGAGGCCCACCUGCGGCGUCCUCCUGAUACUUGGGACCUGUUGGGACCAACGCUACUUAAACCGUACAUACGAUAAACACGAAGUACCUCAUUGUAAACGCUGAUAGCA